AUGGAUCCAGAAUUCUUUUGUAAGUUCAGUGUUGACGAGGAAAAUAGGCUUGGUAAUUUGUUUUGGAGGGACUCCACUUCACUUUUGGAUUAUAUUGCCUACGACGACGUCCUCAUAUUCGACAGCACGUACAAAACAAAUGUUUAUGACAAGCCCCUAGUGUUGUUUGUUGGUUCGAACAACUACCAUUCUACUGUAAUGUUUGGUUGCGCAUUAUUGCAGGAUGAGACAUUUGAAACAUACAAGUGGUUAUUAGAAACAUUCAUGGCAUCCAUGAAAGAUAAGAAGCCAAUAUCAAUAUUGACGGAUGGCGAUGAGGCGAUGCGUAAAGCCAUUGAUGAUGUGUUUCCCAUGUCUAACCAUCGGUUGUGCUCAUGGCAUGUGUCAAGGAAUGCACAGAAUAACUUGAAGGAUGAUGAAUUGCUAAGAAAUUUUCAGGCAUGUAUUUGGGAAACAUUUGCAUUGGACGAGUUUGAGAAAAAAAUGGAAGGUUUUGAGGGAAAAAGCGAGUACUCUGAAACAAAAAGAAUGGUUGGAAAUGAUGUAUGCAAAAAGAGACUCAUGGGCUGA